AGCAGCAAGAAGUUGAUUAGCUUAUGAUUUUCAAGAACUUGGAUUUUGUCAAUAGUCAUUAAGUCAUGGCAGAAGCCAAAGAAAUGUGGAAUGCUGCUCCAUUUAAAUUCACAUGGAGAAUUAAGGACUUUUCCAAAUUGACAGAAGACAUCGUGGAUUCAGAAGUUUUCUGUGCUGGUGGUUGUAAUUGGCGUUUGUAUAUUUACCCCAAAGGAAACAAUGUGAAUUAUUUGUCAAUAUACCUGGAAGUUGCUGAUUCAACAAGUUUGCCACGAGGAUGGAGUAGAGAAGCAAGAUAUAGCUUCGCAGUUGUUAAUCAAAUCAAUAGCAGGUCCACAGUCAAGAAAGAUUCACAAAAACCAGUUGUAUUCAAUGAAAUGGGAGCCAGUUGGGGUUGCAGGUCUUUCAUUCCUCUUAGCGAAUUAAGAAAUCCUGCAGAAGGGUAUCUUGUGGGAGAUACCCUUAUAGUUGAAGCUGAGGUUCUUGUUUAUAAUGUCCAGCAUUACAGCUCAAGCAUUGACCCUAAAAAAGAAGUAGCUAGUAAUGAAACAAAGCUGUCUGAGCCAGUGGCUGCACCUGCACCAUCAACAGAACAAAAGGAUACUGAAGCAAAGGUUGUCACAGGAACUCCUUUAACAACUAAACCAUUGAAGGAGACUAACGAUCAAGCCAUUCAAACUACUGCUCCCACCAGUGAUCAAGAACUCAUCAAGUCAUCACCAUCUCCUUCAAUUACUGCUGAGACAAAGAUUCUUUCAAUGGAUCUUCCUUCUGAGACUAGAAAAUCUUCUCCAGAUGUGCAUACAAUAUCUUUGGGUCUCCUUACAGAACUUUCCAACAGGACUAGAACUCAGAGAUCUCCUUCGAGCAGUGAAAUCUCCAUGUCAAACCAAGCACCUAAUCCUGAAGUUGUGCAGAAACAAAAGGAAACAUUAGAAGGGUACUUUAAUAUGCCUUUGGAGGCUAUACAGCAAGCUAAUGCCUAUGGCAGCAUUGAGGGAAUUAUCAAUGCACUCAUUCAAAAUAGUAAUGAUUUGCGUGAGAAGACAAUUCUUGAAGAUCUUCUCUCUCGCUUGGCAGAAUUUAAAGAGAGUAUUCCUGUGGCCACAACCAUUACAGAAGCUGCUCAAGCUCGCAGAACAUCUCUUUCGGGGAAGACCACUGAUCUAGAUGCAAGAUUGGCACAAAGACAAAAGAAACUAAGUUUCUUGGAGACUGAAUUCUCAAGACUUUCAAAAGAAGAAGAAAAACUAGAGGCUCAAAUUCAACUCUUAAUUACCCAGAAGGAGAAAAUUGUCGCUAACAAGAAGCAUGUUUUAGCUGACUUAGAGAAAAACAAUGAAGACGCUACAAAAGAUUUAGAAGAAUGGCGAAAUCUGGAAAGUGAAAUCAAGCAGGCGAAUGUCGAUUGGCUUGGAGCUAAAGAGAAACUAGCAUUAGCUAAUGUCCGUUGGAAACUCUUCAAGGAGGAUUUGGGUCUUGGAAAGCUUAACAUUUCGUAAUCACUUUUAUGUUGUUAAUUCCUUGGAUUUCUUAUAUUAUAUUAAUGGUCUCAUAAUUCAUCGCAAUUUGGCCGUGUAAUUAAGUGUACUUUAAUUUUAUUUUAAUUUUAAUA